GACUUCAGACCCGGGCAAACUUGUCAUCAUCGCAGCAGCCGCGACUGGGCGAGCCGCUUCGACUUGCACUUAGGGGUUUAGUGGCUAUCAGUCCGCGCUUCCUUAUUACGUACUAUAACUCUCUCGACUACCAACUCGCCCCCGCCUUACCAUUCUUUUCUAUCUCUUUCCUAUCUCUAAGUUCUUGGCUUUUCUUUUUUAACCUUUAGCUUCUUUCUAUAAGACCCGAGGAUAGCCUUCAAGCCAAUACUCUAUUCCAGUAAUAAAUUGACCUCUAACCAAGAGGUAUUUCUCAAGAGACAAACAAGCAUUGUCUUUUAUCAUAUUUUUUCUUUCUUUUUUCGACUUCUACCUUAACAGUCAUGUCUCCUCACGCAGAUGCUCCGACUACCCGCUUGGGCAAUGGCUCGAAUGGCUCGACAGUCUCGUCUAGAUAUCAUUCGACUUCGACCAAGGCUGCAAUUCAGGCAGAGAAUCAAUACGCCGCCCACAACUACCAUCCGCUCCCUGUCGUCUUCGCUCGCGCGCAGGGUGCCGACGUUUGGGAUCCUGAAGGCAAGCACUACAUUGAUUUCCUCUCAGCAUAUAGCGCCGUGAAUCAAGGCCAUUGUCACCCAGAACUAGUGAAAGCUCUUACCGAACAGGCUGGAAGAUUGACCUUGAGCUCCAGGGCAUUUCACAAUGACGUGUUUCCCAAAUGGGCGGAAAAGGUGCAAGCCACGUUCGGGUACGACAUGGUCCUACCGAUGAACACGGGAGCGGAGGCUGUAGAAACGGCUAUCAAGAUUGCAAGAAAAUGGGCCUAUAAAGUCAAGGGUGUCCCCCAGGGCAAGGCAUUAGUGUUCGGGGCCGAGGAAAACUUCCAUGGCCGCACGAUGAUAGCCGUGAGUCUAUCCACCGAUCCAGAGUCAAAGGAUAACUACGGGCCAUAUGUGCCAAACAUCGGGGCCACAUCCCCCUCCACUGGUAAGCCUAUUCGGUACAACAACGUGGCCGACUUGGAGGAGUUGCUCGAGGCUCAUGGGCGUGAGACUGCUGCAUUCAUUGUCGAGCCUAUUCAGGGAGAGGCGGGAGUAGUAGUUCCCGAUGAGGAUUACUUGAGCAAAGUGCAUGCGCUCUGCAAGAAACAUAAUGUGCUCUUGAUCUGUGACGAGAUUCAGACGGGUAUCGGUCGCACAGGUCGGAUGCUGUGUUCUGAGUGGGCUGGCAUCAAGCCGGACAUGAUUACUUUGGGGAAAGCUAUCUCUGGUGGCAUGUAUCCCGUCAGUUGCGUCCUCGGUAGUAAAGAGAUCAUGCUUGUCGUCGAGCCUGGAACUCACGGCUCGACGUACGGCGGAAACCCAUUAGGCUGCGCUGUCUCUAUACGUGCUCUCGAGCUCAUGGAAGAGGAGCAGCUCACCCAAAAGGCUGAGAAGCUUGGUAAUGUCUUCCGCGACAGUUUAGCGUCGUUUAACUCGCCAGUUAUCAAGACCAUCCGUGGAAAGGGACUACUAAAUGCUGUCGUCAUCGACGAAUCGAAGGCCAAUGGCCAUUCAGCUUGGGACCUAUGUCUUCUUCUCAAGGAGAAGGGUGUUCUGGCUAAACCGACACAUGGGAACAUCAUCCGGUUCGCACCGCCGUUGGUUAUUUCGGAGGCGCAGCUUCAAAAGGCCAUAUCCAUUAUUGGCGAUGCGCUGCAGGAGCUACCAAAGAUGAAGAAACAUGAGGACGUCCACGUCGGACUGGAGAAUUAA